AUGUCACUCUCCAACCUCACAGUCUGCAUGCCUUCUGUCUUGACACUAAUUGGGAUCCCAGGCCUAGAGUCUGUGCAGUGCUGGAUCAGAAUCCCUUUCUGUGCCAUGUACCUUAUCGCUAUGAUUGGAAAUGCUUUGUUUCUGCUUACCAUCAGGUCAGAGCGCAGUCUCCACCAGUCCAUGUAUAUUUUCCUAGCCAUGCUAGGUGCCACAGACAUUCUGCUUGCUACAUGCAUUAUGCCCAACAUGCUUGGAGUUUUCUGGUUUCACUUGCCAGACAUCAAUUUUGAUUGCUGCCUGUUUCAAAUGUGGCUCAUCCACACCUUUCAGUGCACAGAGUCCAGCAUUCUGCUUGCCAUGGCCUUUGACUGUUAUGUGUUGAUCUGCGAUCCACUGAGACAUGCCACCAUUUUCACAACCCAGCGGGUCACCCAAAUAGGAGCUGCUGUCUCCCUGAGGGUCGUCAUUCUUGCAGCCCCUUGUCUUCUACUGACAAAGUGUCGCUUCCAAUUUUAUCACAUAACAGUCAUCUCCCACUCCUACUGUGAACAUAUGGCCAUUGUGAAACUAGCUGCCAGAAAUGUCAUGGUCAACAAAAUCUAUGGUUUGUUUGUGACCUUCACUGUUUCAGGGUUUGACCUCACAUUCAUCACAUUGUCAUAUAUAUAUAUAUAUAUAUAU